UAAGAAAAAACACGCCCAGCGCUGUCGACGACGCGCACGCUCACCCCAAGCUCCCCUGCCUCCACACCUCCCCUCCCGCUCGCCCCGCCGCGGCCGGCCAUGGCGGCCACCGCGGCCGCCGCCGUCUCCUUCUCCCUCCCCUCGCCCCCGCGCGGCCGCGGGCCCCGUCGCCGCUCCCUUCUCCGCGCCGCCUCCACCGCCGCGCCCCCGUCCCCGGACCUCUCCAUCCAGCUCUCGCCGCGCGCCUCCCCGCCCGCGCCGGCCAACGGCGCCGCGACCGCGGCUGGGCCACCCGUGGCCUCAUCCUUCGCCCGCGACCGCGCCGAAGACCUGCAGGCCGAGGCCUGCGCCAUGGCCCGCGCCGCCGGCGCCACCGUCUAUACCCCCGAGCUGCUCGCCGCCCGCUACGGCUCCCGCCCCUUCAAGGUGGCGCUGAGGGCGGCGGAGGUGCUGUCCAAGCUGGGGGCCUUCGCGGUGAAGAUUCUGCUGGACGAGCGGAGCGGGGACUCGUCCUCGGCGCAGCGGCGAGCCAGGGCGGUGGAGCUGCGGACCAUCCUCACCAGGCUCGGCCCGACCUUCGUCAAGAUUGGGCAGGGGCUAUCUACGCGCCCCGACCUCUGCCCGGCCGAGUACCUCGAGGAGCUUGCCGAGUUGCAGGAUUCACUUCCCACGUUUCCGGAUGAAGAGGCAUUUGCAUGUAUUGAGAGAGAGCUUGGCUUCCCACUUGAUUCAAUCUACUCGACAAUAUCACCUUCCCCGAUUGCAGCUGCUAGUUUAGGUCAAGUUUACAAGGCACGGUUGAAAUACUCUGGGAAGCUGGUAGCUGUUAAGGUGCAAAGACCUGGUAUUGAGGAUGCCAUAGGGCUUGAUUUUUAUCUACUCAGGGGCCUUGGCUUUUUAAUAAAUAAGUAUGUUGACAUUGUAACCAGUGAUGUUGUUGCUCUCAUGGAUGAAUUUGCUCGAAGAGUUUUCCAAGAGCUCAAUUAUGUCCAGGAAGGCCAAAAUGCAAGAAAGUUUAAGAAAUUAUACGCCGAUAAGCAAGAUAUAUUGGUGCCUGAUAUAUUUUGGGAUUACACAAGUGCAAAGGUUCUGACUAUGGAGUGGAUUGAGGGUGUAAAAUUAAAUCAGCAAGCAGUUAUUGAAAGUCAAGGAUUGAAGGUUCUAGAUUUGGUCAACAUUGGCAUCCAGUGUAGCUUGAGGCAGCUUCUGGAAUAUGGUUACUUUCAUGCUGAUCCUCAUCCUGGUAAUAUAUUGGCAACACCCGAGGGGAAGCUUGCUUUUCUUGAUUUUGGCAUGAUGAGUGAAACACCAGAGGAUGCAAGGGUAGCCAUUAUAGGACAUGUUGUCCACUUGGUCAAUAGGGACUAUGAAGCUAUGGCUCGUGAUUAUUAUGCGCUAGAUUUCUUGGAACCUGAUGUCGAUGUUUCCCCAAUUGUGCCUGCUCUCAAGAAUUUCUUUGAUGAUGCGCUGAACGCAACAGUGAGUGAGCUGAACUUCAAGACGAUAGUUGAUGGGUUAGGUGCUGUUCUCUAUCAGUACCCAUUCAACGUACCUGCAUACUACGCAUUGAUACUGCGAUCACUGACUGUGCUGGAAGGUUUAGCACUCUAUGCUGACCCUAAUUUUAAGGUGCUUGCUGCCUCAUACCCUUACUUUGCUAAAAGGCUACUCACUGAUCCCAAUCCAUAUCUAAGAGAUGCUUUAAUUGAGCUUCUGUUCAAGGACGGAAGAUUCAGAUGGAAUAGGCUUGAAAAUCUUCUUGUUCAAGGUCGCCAAGAUAGAGAGUUUGCAGCCAAAGAUGCUCUACAACCUGUUCUAAAGCUUCUCCUUGGUCCUGAUGGGGAGGAAUUGCGUGUGCUAGUUGUGAAAGAGGCAGUUCGUGUAACAGAAGCCAUCACAAUUGGAACGCUGAUUGAUUCAUACAACGUGGCUCCAGAAUUUUUGAAGCCAUUAAUUUCCAGUGGCAAUCCGGCAGGUCCCUUCAAGUUUAGCGAGGCUGAACAGGAACAAAUGAUGGAGCUCCGAGACCAAGUUUUCAGAGUAUGGGGUCUUUUGAGGUCCUCGAAUAACUUCGACCCGAGCCUUUUGCAACCAAUCGUACAGGUGCUACAAGAACCAGAGGCCCGUGUCCUGGGUUCCCGUGUUGCAGGAGGGGUCACGCAGCGCCUUGCGGCCCGUCUGUUACAACAGCUUCUCAGGACCCCACCUGCUCCUGGAUCUUCCUCGUAGAUACUAGAUAGGCUCAGAUGAAGCAUGUAAAUUCACACGAUACUUUUCACAGGUAAUGAGAAGGAAGCAUGAUUCAGAAUCAAGUAUAUAGCGAAUUUCUUCAUUCUUGGUGGAUAAAGAUCCAUAAAUUCGCACGACCAUAAUUUGAGUACAUAGGCAAUAACUGAUAAAGAUUCUCUAGUGUUUUUAUAUGUGCA